AAAAAAUAUAUAUGUAGAGAGAGACUGGAACUGAUGAACUUAAUGUGAAAGGAGAGAAGAGAGAGGUGGCGAUGGACAAUAGAGGAGGUUCCUCUGUAGCCGUUAGGAGGAUUUCUCAUGGUCUCGAGCAAGGCAAUACAUGCCAUUCAAAUUCUGCUGAGGUUGUGGCAGGAUCAGCGGCAUGGUUGGGUAGAGGUCUUUCUUGUGUCUGUGCACAGAGGAGAGAGGGUGAUGCUCGUCCAUCAGUUGAUUUAACCCCUUCUGAGGAGGAAUGCUUGCAAAGGCUGCAGAAACGUAUUGAUAUUGCCUAUGAUAGUUCAAUCCUUGAGCAUCAGGAAGCUUUAAGGGCCUUAUGGAAUGCUGCUUUUCCGGAAGAAGAACUACGUGGUUUAAUAUCUGAACAGUGGAAGGAAAUGGGGUGGCAAGGGGAAGAUCCAUCUACAGAUUUUAGGGGUGGUGGUUUUAUAUCAUUGGAGAACCUGUUAUUCUUUGCUAGGGAAUUUCCGAAAUCCUUCAUGGAUCUUCUUUGGAAGCAGGAAGGUAAUCGGUCAGCGUGGGGAUAUCCCUUUGCCGUUGCUGGUGUGAACAUUACAUUCAUGCUAAUUCAGAUGCUUGAUCUCGAAGCAGUAAAACCGAGAACGAUGGUUGGAGCAAUUUUCUUAGAGUUCCUGUCGGAAGAUAAAUCUGCCUUCGACCUUCUCUAUUGCAUCGCAUUCAAGCUAAUGGACCAGCAAUGGCUUGUUAUGCGCGCAUCCUACAUGGACUUCAAUACCGUGAUGAAAGCCACACGACGUCAACUGGAAAAGGAGCUCCUACUCGAAGAUAUAACACGGCUCGAGGAUCUGCCCUCGUACAGUCUUCUUACACGAUAGUUGAAAGGUACAUUCUUAACUAUAGUUACAAUGCUGCUUUUAUGAAUGGUGCGAGAAAGGAUGCAUGCUAUAAAUGAUGUUCCUCGUCCUUUCCUUGUGUCAAACAACUGGAAU